AGUGCCGUCAGAGCAGUCGUCCGUACCUUUGUCACCAUAUCCAAGGCCACCCAUGUCGUAUCACCAACCGUCCGUCUUCCGCAACUACGGUACUGGAACACAAAAUAUCCACUCUGGCCGCGGCAACCAGAACAUCAAUAGUGGACAGGGGCCCAGGCGGAUAUCCUAUCCCACACAGAAAUCAUCCGUUAUCACUUGUCUUCGAUCGCGCGGGUACACGGGCAUGAACCCAUCAUAAUACGGGAGCUAAUAGGAACGACUCUGAGGACUGGACAUUCGAAGGUUAAGGCGAGGACCCAACGCCAAUGUGACGGACAUAUGGGGGAAGCCGACCUGGAUUAUCUGGAUGUCUUCUAAUAGUGACGAAUGGAGGUGGGGCUUGAAGACAAUGUGUUGGGACAUGUUAGGACAUGUUAGGACUGGACUCUCUUUGGUA